AUGGAUAAACAAAGAGAACCUAUGACAGAGGAGGAACUCCUUGAACUGUCAGAAAAACUUGAUGAACAGUGUAAAAAGCACGAUGAUCGGGAAGCAGAUCUUGAGGCACGGGAACGGCUUCUUAACGACCGAUUAAGCGACCUUUCAGAGCGGGACCAGACAAAUAUUGAAAAAGAAUCGAAAUUGCGCGACCUUGAGGCAGAAUUACGGAGAUUAGAAAUUUCCUUAGGAGAACGUGAACUGGAGUUAAAGUCACGUGACUUAAUAAACCGAGGUGAACCCAACGAGCUCAAGGCCGAGUUUGAACGUCGGUUACAGGAACUAAAAGAGCGUGAAUCGGAAUCUAGUCAACUUCUGGAGCAGGCUCAAAUUAUGCAAACGGAGCGAUUGAACAAACGCGAGGUUACGUUAGCUAAUCGGGAGCAUAAGUUGACGGAGAUCCAGGAAAACCUGGAUCUUCGUGAACGUGAUCUGCUUGAGCGAGAAAACGCGGUCGCUGCUCAAGAAAAAGAAUUGCGAAACGACUCCAAAUUUUUGCAAACUUGGGCUUCGGAGCUCACAAAAAUGAAAGCGUCCACCGUGACUAAAAUGCCCAGCGUUAUUCAAGAACUCAAGGACGAAAUGUCGCAAUUAAGAAGCAGCGGGUCGAAUGAACUCACUUGUAACGCGAACAUCACAAUCAAGGACGCGUUGUCCUACGUGCCUACCUUUGACGGUACUAGCGCCGCAGUUUCGGAUUUUAUAAGAUCAUGUAAUCGAGCCUGUUCCAUGCUGGCGCCGAGCGCCGAAUUUAUGUUUUUGACACUUGUACGGCAAAAAUUUAAAGGCGACGCUCGGAUCACUGUGGAAAAUAUGGAAUAG